AUGAAGAAACUAUAUCUUUUAUAUUUGUUGGCCCUGUUUACAACGGUCAUAUCCAAAGAAGUUACUGGUGUUUUCAACCAAUUCAAUUCAUUGAUAUGGUCUUACACAUACAGAGCUCGAUACGAAGAAAUAUCUACUCUUACCGCUAAAGCUCAAUUGGAAUGGGCUUUGGAUGGUACUAUUGCCAGUCCCGGUGAUACAUUUACAUUAGUCAUGCCCUGUGUAUAUAAAUUCAUGACGUACGAAACCUCAGUGCAAUUAACUGCCAACUCUAUUGCAUAUGCCACAUGUGACUUUGAUGCUGGUGAAGACACUAAAAGUUUUUCAAGUUUGAAGUGUACGGUGACUGAUGAGUUGACAGAAGAUACCAGCGUUUUUGGAAGUGUUAUUUUGCCUAUCGCUUUCAAUGUUGGAGGUUCCGGAUCUAAAUCUACGAUAACAGACUCCAAAUGUUUUUCAAGUGGGUACAACACUGUCACGUUUUUUGACGGAAACAAUCAACUUUCUACAACUGCAAAUUUUCUUCCCCGAAGAGAACUAGCGUUUGGUCUAGUUGUUAGUCAAAGACUUUCCAUGUCGCUCGAUACAAUGACUAAUUUUGUUAUGUCUACACCUUGUUUCAUGGGUUACCAGCUGGGUAAGUUAGGUUUUACAUCUAAUGAUGAUGAUUUUGAAAUUGAUUGUUCUUCUAUACAUGUUGGUAUAACUAAUGAAAUAAAUGAUUGGAGUAUGCCAGUAUCUUCUGUUCCCUUCGAUCAUACUAUAAGAUGUACAUCACGUGCACUUUACAUUGAGUUUAAAACAAUUCCUGCAGGUUAUCGACCUUUUGUGGAUGCGAUUGUUCAAAUACCAACGACAGAACCUUUUUUUGUAAAAUAUACAAAUGAGUUUGCCUGUGUGAAUGGCAUAUACACGUCCAUACCUUUCACAAGUUUCUUUUCUCAGCCAAUUUUAUAUGACGAGGCUUUAGCUAUUGGUGCAGACCUAGUUCGUACCACAUCCACAGUGAUAGGUUCCAUUACCAGAACUACCACAUUACCCUUCAUUUCCCGACUCCAGAAAACCAAAACAAUUCUAGUCUUAGAGCCCAUACCCACCACUACGGUAACAACUUCACACCAUGGCUUUGAUACUUGGUAUUAUACUAAGAAAGCCACCAUUGGUGACACAGCUACUGUUUUCAUUGAUGUUCCACAACAUACAGCUACUACUUUGACCACAUAUUGGCAAGAAUCAAGUACAGCGACAACCACUUACUUCGAUGACAUAGACUUGGUCGAUACUGUCAUUGUGAAAAUUCCAUAUCCCAAUCCGACUAUUAUAACAACACAAUUUUGGUCAGGUAAAUAUUUAACUACUGAGACACACAAAGAACCACCUCUCGGUACUGAUAGUGUGAUCAUCAAGGAACCACACAACCCUACUGUGACAACGACCGAGUUUUGGUCAGAAUCAUUUGCUACUACUGAGACAAUCACCAACAACCCAGAAGGCACUGAUAGUGUGAUCAUCAAGGAACCACACAACCCUACUGUGACUACCACCAAGUUUUGGUCAGAAUCAUUUGCCACUACUGAAACGAUAACUACAGGGCCACUUGGCACUGAUAGUAUCGUUAUACAUGAUCCAUUGGAAGAACUGUCUUCUAGUACUGCUAUUGAGUCAAGUGAUUCUAAUAUUUCAAGCUCAGCUCAAGAUUCAUCCAGUCUGGUUGAACAGUCAUUUACUUCUGCUGACGAGACUUCAAGUAUAGUUGAAUUGUCAUCAAGCUCAGACAUUCCAUCAAGCUCAAUUGGGUUAACAUCUAGUGAGUCGUCUACUGUCUCAAGUUAUGAUAGCUACUCUUCAAGUACUAGCGAAUCAUCUAUUGCUUCAAGUUAUGAUAGCUAUUCGUCAAGUAGUAUUGAGUCGUCUACAUUAUCUAGUUCCGAUAGAUACUCGUCAAGUAUCUCUGAUACCACAAGCUUUUGGGAUUCUUCAAGUUCCGAUUUAGAGUCCACUCUGAUUACUUGGAGUUCCUCCAUCGAUGCACAAUCUAGUCAUUUGGUACAAUCGGUAUCAAACUCCAUCAGCACAAGUCAAGAGAUAUCAUCAAGCUCAAGUGAGGAGUCCAGUACGUCUGCCACCGAUGCUUUAGUUUCAAGUGAUGCAAGUUCUAUUUUGAGCUCUGAUACUUCCAGUUAUUACCCAUCUAGCACCAUUCUGCCGAGUGACGAUUUUCCACACACUAUAGCUGGGGAGUCAGAUAGCCAAUCCUUCUCAUUUAUAACAUCUACUGUUGAGAUUUCUAGUGAUUCGGUGUCUCUUACAAGUGACCCAGCAAGCAGUUUUGAUUCAUCUUCUCGUUUGAAUUCUGAUUCAUCAUCUCUGCCAUCCACUGACCAAAGGGAUAUUUUGACUUCAUCUAGUUUUUCUACAUUAAUUAAAUCAAGUGAGUCACGUGAGUCCAGUAGUGGUACAAUUUUGAGUGAAGAAAGCAGUGACUCGAUCCCAACGACGUUCUCAACAAGAUAUUGGUCGCCAUCGGGAAUGAGUUCCAGACAUUAUACCAAUUCGACAGAGACGCUGGUCUCAGAUGUUGUUCUGUCGUCGGUUGCUGGAGACGAAACUAGUGAAUCGAGUGUUUCGGUUACUAGUGAAUCGAGUGAAUCAGUUACCAGUGAAUCAGUUGCCAGUGAAUCAGUUACCAGUGAAUCAGUUACUGCUGUGAGUGAUAUUUCAGAUUUGUACACUACGUCAGAAGAGGUAUCCACUAGUGACAGCAACUCUGGUAUGAGCUCUCCUAUACCAUCGAGUGAACAGAGAUCCAGUAUUCCGAUAAUGUCGAGCUCCGACGAAUCAAGUGAGUCACGUGAAUCCAGUAUUGGUACAAUUUUGAGUGAAGAAAGCAGUGACUCGAUUCCAACGACGUUCUCAACAAGAUAUUGGUCGCCAUCGGGAAUGAGUUCCAGACAUUAUACCAAUUCGACAGAGACGCUGGUCUCAGAUGUUGUUCUGUCGUCGGUUGCUGGAGACGAAACUAGUGAAUCGAGUGUUUCGGUUAUUAGUGAAUCGAGUGAAUCAGUUACCAGUGAAUCAGUUGCCAGUGAAUCAGUUACUGCUGUGAGUGAUAUUUCAGAUUUGUACACUACGUCAGAAGUGGUAUCCACUAGUGACAGUAAAAUAGUUCCAAGUACUUCUGUACCAUCGAGUGAACAGAGGUCCAGUAUUCCGAUAAUGUCGAGCUCCGACGAAUCAAGUGAGUCACGUGAGUCCAGUAGUGGUACAAUUUUGAGUGAAGAAAACAGUGACUCGAUUCCAACGACGUUCUCAACAAGAUAUGUGUCGGUUUCUCUUACCGUGGGGGAACUUUCGGCAUUACCUAGUUUGCCUGGAAAAUUAUCUCAUUUACCAUCCAGUUUGUCUGAAACGUCCAUCGGAAUGACAAAAAGUGCUAAUUUGCUGCCACAGUUUUUUUCAACAUCAGUUGAUUCAGCUUUACUGUAUUGGGCUCUGGGCUCUAGCAGUGCUGAUCACCAGAGUUCUGCUACGUGUGAUGUUAGUGAAUCAUCUGUGGAAGGUAAUUUGUCUGCAAUGGCACUAGGGAUGUCGAAUUCAGAUGAUGGUUUGUCAGAGGAUACAAGAUCAUCUUCGGUUGCCGGUAAAGAGGAGAUAGAGUUAACUCUGACGAAUUCUGUUGGUGAAAUCACCCUUAUAAGCUAUAGUUCUUCCUCGCCUACGACCCAUGACCACGGGCGUGUGUCAAAGAGCAUGGGGGCGGCACCACUUAGUAGUUUAUUCUCAGUAUCAGUACAUGCUCCACUAGUUACUGGGCUACUGGAUUCUGAUACUUUUCCAAGUGAAAAUUCAAAUCGGAGUCGUUCAUUUAAGGAGUCUACAGACAAUACUAUUUCCAUAUCGAGAGAAUCUUUGGGAAAUCCAUAUUCAUCAAUAUCCUCACCUUCCGAUUAUGACGUGAAACUGUUCACGACGUCCAGAGAGCUAGUAUCUUCAGAAUCUAUACUACCAUUUUCAGAUGUAAUGGAUGCAAAUGAUAUGCCGACAUCUGGAAGUAAUUUGCACUCUAUGGUGUUUUCAAUAUCUGUGCUAGGCGAAAAAUUUAAUGCUAAUAUAGAGAAGCAUAAAAACACUAAUGGGCAUUAUUCAUCAAUGGUAUUUACUUAUCAAAGUGCAGGUUUGGAAGAGUCAGACCAGAGGAUAGCUGUUACUAAUACUAAAUUCGACCAAAAUAAAAUUGACACAACAAUUGACAGCAAUACUUUUGUUACGAGUUUGCCAUUCGCCACUACUUUAAACGACCAAAUUGAUCAAGCUGUACCAAUUAAGAUUCCGGCAUCUUCUACAGCAGGAUUUGUCUCUGAUGUACUCAAGCCAGAUUAUUCGAAAUCUGUCCAGGCUGAAUCUGUCCAAACUGAUUCAACAACUUAUUCAGAAAUGAUGUCAAGUAAAAGAAACAAGAAUUCAGGCUUUGGGACAAGCUCACUCAAUUUGAAGCCUACCAUUACUGUCGUCACUAAGUCUAUUGAUACUAAAGUUAAUACUAUGAAAGAGGGUGGGGUUUCCAAACAAGUUUCAACGACUGUGACUGAACAAUAUGACACCUCUACCUACACUCCAGCAAGUUUGCUUGUGUCUGAUAAUCUGGGGUCAGUUUCCAAAUAUUCUCUUUGGAUGAUGGCAUUUUAUAUGUUAUUUGGAUUGUUUUAA